AUCAAACCCCUCACCGACGCCUGCUUACUUUUUUCUUGGAAAAUAUCGUGAUGGCGACUCCGGAAGAUGAGACGCGCUCACCUCCAGCGGCUGAAGCCGCAGCUUCCCCAGCUCAUCAUGAGGAAGGCGUGAACCCGGCAACAGGUAUCAUUGAUGCUGAUGAAGGAGGAACAGACUCCGCCAUUAAUGUGUCAAUCCGCGAUUCUCUCACGUCCAUUCGCUCGUCCAUUCUCAAUUUUGAAGAUGAGAACGGACGUCUAUACCACUCUCAUUCCCGAGGCAAAUACUACUUUCCCCACGACAAUGUCGAACAAGAGCGAUUAGAUCUACAGCACGAGCUCUUUAUGAGGACGUUUAGAGGACGUCUUUGCACUUGUCCAAAGUCUUACGGUGCUAAUAGAGUUCUGGAUCUCGGAACGGGAACGGGAAUAUGGGCUCUCGAAUACGCGGAGGAGCAUCCCGAGUCUGAAGUCAUUGGAGUGGACAUCAGUCCAGUGCAGCCUGACUUCAUGCCUCCCAAUUGCUCUUUCGAGAUAGACGAUCUGGAGAAACCAUGGACAUGGUCAAAACAAUUCGACUUCAUCUUCUCUAGAACUUUGAGUGGCAGUAUCCUGGACCCAGCCAAGCUGGUCGAUAGCAUUUACAACCAACUCGAACCCGGCGGGUGGUUCGAAGCUCAGGAUGUCUGCAUGGAAGCUCGGACCGACGACAACACUCUACCCGAGAAUAGCUACUUGGCGCAAUGGGCUGAUGAGGUGGUUGACGCCAUGGAAAAGAUCAAUCGGACGCUCAAGCUUCCCCUCAAGUGGAAGCAGCUUCUGAUCGAUCGCGGUUUUGAAGAUGUUCGAGAGACUGUCUACAAAUGGCCGACCAAUACUUGGCCGCGAGAUAGAACGAUGAAGGACAUUGGCGGAUGGGGUCUGGCGAACCUCGACUACUUCCUCGAGACAGCGGCUCUUCGCAUUUUGACCAACAUCAAGGGUUGGUCAAAGGAGGAGGUCCUUGUUUUGUGUUCACAAGCGAGGAAGGAGAUGCGUGAUCCGAGGAUCCAUGUUUGGUGGCCUGUAUAUGUCGUUUCUGGUCGCAAGCCAGGCUCAAUAACUCAGGCGCCUGCUGAGUCUUCGACAGCUUAAGUCCCCCGACAUCGUCAAGAGAGGCGUGUCUUAAGCCAUCAUCAUUUGUCAAUGGGCCAUCCGAAGGCGCCCCAAAAUAUGCUUUCUGUAUGGAAAGUCACAUGGGAUUCGGCUCUUGAAGUAUCAGUCUCAAUACUUUCGUGGGUUUGCACUUUGGAGUUACCCUACUUCGGUAGAAAGUUAGAAAUCUAUUCGAGCUAUGGCUUCGGGCAGUUCAAAUCCAAAAUCCUCUUUUCAAUGGGCUAACCCAGCGGUGACCACACAAAAGCUGUGCGAUCCCAACAUGGACCUUCACGCUACAGCUCAU